AUGAUUUUGUAUCAGUCCAAUGGCCUCAGAUGUUCAUACUCAAGGUACAGGCAUGGCAGGCACACCACUACCUAUUACAGGUGGGCAAUGUUGAAUUUUUUUCACAUUAUUUGCAAACUUUAAAAGAAAUAAAGUAAUGUUGUGAUAUCCUUUGAUGUUUUGUUUCUAUUUAUUUGUUUAUUUCAAACCAGUGAAAAUAUGAGUCAAUGUGAAUAUGGAUAACUCCUAUUUGCUGCUAUUUUUUUCACAUAGUUGAAAACACUUGAUGUUUUAUUUGUCAGUCAAAGACCUCUAACAACAGCACUUCUGUUCUUCUUUUAGAUGACUAAAACUGACUAAAUUGGGAAGAAACAUGUAAAUUAGUGACAUUUACAUAAUGUGCUAGCAUUCAUGAUGAUCUUUUGCUCUUUGCUGUGAAUUAAUUUUUUUUUCAAUUUUUGCUCUAUAGCUGUGCUAACAAUGAAUACUGUUGUGGAACUCGAAGUUGUUGUUCAUAUGUUUAUACAAGAUGGUACCUCUGGUAAGUACAAGUCAAAAUUAGAACCUACCUCAUUGCAUAAUUUAUUAAGACAUUUUGCAUAUUUCUCAAUUCCUAAUAAUUUGUUUUCAAUUCAAAGGACAGGCAUUGUGGCCACUUUUGUGAUUAGUUUUAUAAUUUGGUGGUACUAUCGUUAUCGCUAUCGUCGCGCACAUCAAGUAGUUGUAGCCCAGGUCCGACCCCCUCAAGCUGUGCAUACCACAGUCACUGAGAGUGUGAUGAGGGUACCUGCUGCCUACCCUGUGUACCCCCCACCAGGUCAAGCCACAUUCAUACCAGGCACAGGGAAUACCCAGUAUACAGCAUACCCACCACAAGUUUAUGCUUAUCAGGAUCCACCACCACCAUACACAAGUGCUCCUAUGGUGAAACAAGGUGCUUUUGUAAGCACUUCUUCUUAG